GUGCUGGGCCAAAAAGCAGCACCGCCGCGGUCUGCGUUUGGGCUCAGGUGUAGAUUUGUCAUCUAACGAGUGCGCGCCGUACUGCCACAACUCAAUUUUUUAAUUGAUUGCGCUGACACUGCAGUAAAGCCAGCCAAGCAGCCAUGGCCUGCGUCCUAGAAGAACAAGACGAGUUCGCAACGCCGACGAAAACAGACGAGACUGAGCGCGUCGACGUCGUCAUAGUGGGCGCGGGCCUCUCGGGCCUCUGGUGCGCGACGCAACUACACAAACACAACUACGACGUCGUGCUGCUCGAAGCGCGGGACCGCGUCGGCGGCCGCGUGCUCACAACCGCCGAAGGAGCCGACCUCGGCGGCAGCUGGGCCUGGGGCGAAGAUAAAGUGAAGGCGCUCGGCGCGGCGACGCGCGCCGAGAGCGUGCCGCAGCGCAGCGAGGCGCAGGACGAGAUCCCGUGCGGGCCGGGCGCGACGCGCUGGCGGGGCGGCUACGCGCCCCUCGCCUCAAAGUUAGCAUCCAAUCUCGACGUGCGCCUCGAUCGCAAGGUCGCCACCAUCCGCCGCGAGGCGCCGGACGCCACGGACGAGGGGGACGACGACGAAGUGGUCGUCACGCGCGGCUUCUACCGUAUUGAUGAAACGAUCCAGUGCCGGGCCGUCGUCGUCGCGGCGCCGCCCUGCGUCUUCGUCGACGACGUCGUGAUCGAGCCGCCCCUAUCCGAGGAGCGAAAGACAAAGAUGCGCGCGACGGCGACGUGGUGCGGCGACUGGGUCAAGGUCGCGGCGACCUUCUCCGAGCCGUUCUGGCGGAAGGCGAACGCGUCGGGCGUCGUCUGCACGAAGGGGCCGCUCCAAGUCUGGUGGGAGGCCUGCUCGCCGGAGACGGACGGCGCGACGGUGUUGGUGGGCCUGGGCGUGGGCGUCGAUAUUGAUCAGAAGAACCUGCGCCGCGUCGUCGUCGACGCGCUCGGGCCGCCCUUCGGCGCGAAGGCCGUCGAGGCGCACCUUAUUAGUGUAGAGUGCAAGGCCUGGAUGACGGACGAUCUGACGUACCGGGCGGGCACGGAGCGCGACUACGGCCACGAGCUGCUCCAGGCGCCGCACGACGGGCGCAUAUUCUUCGCGGGCACGGAGACGGCGCCCGCGCACGGGCACGUUUAUGGUGCGCUGUUUGCGGGCGAGCGAGCAGCGCUGCAGGUGCGCGUGGCGCUCCAACCGUGCCCGCCGCCGGGGGGCGAGCGCGAGAGCCUCGGGUGAAGGCGUGGCUUUGUUGCUUUGCUCCUAGCCACCACGACCGACGCCUCCCUGCGUGACCGCCCGCCCGCCCCGCCCCCGGCCCUCAUACGCCGUUGUUAAGUGAAAUGUAUACCCC